GGCGCGGGGCGCGGGCCGGGCGAGGGGCGGGCGGGGGGCCCUGGUGGCCGUCCCCGGCGUAGCCGCCGCGCUCCGGGGUCGGGCCCGAGGGUCCCCGCGCGGGGCGGGGCCGGGGGCGGCGAGACCGCCGCCCCGGGGGGCCCCGCGGCUGGGACUGGUCUGGUCGAGGAGCUCUCUCGGAAGAGGAAGAACAAGAAGAGAUCCCGGAACGGCAAGGCGCGGGAAGGAAGCGGGAGGCCGGGAGGCGCCGCUGGCGCUGUCGUGCGGCCUCCCGCGGCUGCGGAAGAGUUUUCCCGGAACUGGAAGGCGCUGCGGGAGCUGCUGAAGCAAAAAUCACAGGCUCUGGAAAAGCCUCUUGUUAUCUCUCAGAUGGAUUCCAAAAAGCAGCCCAAAGUUAUCCAACAAAACAGAGAAGGCAGCCCAGGUAAAGCUAAGAGAGAUGAGAUGGGGACAGAAAAAACAGACCAUGCAGCCAGCGGGGGCUCUGCUCCUUCAGGAUCUCUGAGGAACAGGAAGGUGCCAGCACCUCCCACAAAGGCCAGCCGAGCAGAGCACAGUGAGAAAGGGACCAAGAAAAGGACAAAUGGUGACAUUUCUCCGACUCAAGGGGACAUCAAGCAUAAGAAGCGGAAAGCUAAGGAGGCGGCUGCAGCCUUGACUCCAGCCCCACCCACUGAGGAAGACAUCUGGUUUGAUGAUGUCGACCCGGCAGAUAUCGAAGCGGCCAUCGGCCCAGAGGCAGCAGAGAUCGCAAGAAAACAGCUGGGACAGAGUGAGAGGAGCGUCACGCUGGUGAAGGAGCAGGCCUUCGGCGGCCUGACGAGAGCCUUAGCCAUGGACUGUGAGAUGGUGGGCGUGGGCCCCAAUGGGGAGGAGAGCAUCGCUGCCCGCGUGUCCAUUGUGAAUCAGUAUGGGAAGUGUGUUUACGACAAGUACGUCAAGCCCACCCAGCCGGUGACUGACUACAGGACGGCGGUCAGCGGGAUACGGCCCGAGCACCUCCGGCAGGGAGAGGAAUUUGAAGUUGUUCAGAAGGAAGUGGCAGACAUGCUGAAGGGCCGCAUUCUGGUUGGACACGCACUGCACAACGAUUUAAAGGUGCUGUUUCUAGAUCACCCAAAAAAGAAGAUCCGGGACACUCAGAAAUACAAACCUUUUAAGAGUCACGUGCAGAGUGGAAGGCCAUCCCUGAAGCUGCUUGCAGAGGAAAUCCUGGGGAUCAGGGUGCAGCAGGCGGAGCAUUGCUCGAUUCAGGAUGCCCAGGCAGCAAUGAGACUGUACAUCAUGGUGAAGAAGGACUGGGAGAGCGUCGCCCCAGACAGGCGCCCCGCAGCCACCGCUCCAGAUGCCGGCAGUGACGACGCCUAGUGAGAGCCCAGCUGCUAGUGCCGUCCCUCCCACCGCCCUGUGGCAGUGUCUCCGUCCACAGGCAGUUGUGACCAAAUCUGCCCAGAGCAGCAACUCUGUCGAAACAUUUUCAAAAUCAUGGCAGCAGGGGCAUGGGAGCAUGCAUGCUGCUGAGAAGAACUUUUUCUUCCUUCUGAUUUUAUGAUCUAAGACCUAGUCCCACUCGCAGAGGGGACGGGCAGUGUGGGCAGGGACACAGCCGGCGGAGUCAGGGGUGUUUGUCCUGGGCGCAGCCAGGAGUCCGGGGUGGCGGGACUCAAGUGGGAAUGCACAUGGGGAGUCGGUGCUGUGCCUGCCCUGCGCUGUCACCGUGGACGUGGAGGUGGGCUUCGCUGGGGUUCACCGGGUCCCAGGGCAGGAAGCACCCAGUUGUCCACUGGCUCUUCAGCGCUUCCUCUAAGGAGGCCUCGUUCCCUCCAUCGCCUUGAGCGAUGUAAAGAACUCUUCUGGACUGGAGGGGCCCCGGACCAGGUGUCUGCGGUUAGCCCAGCUGCAGCCUCACUGAAGAGUUUUCUGUAGCCCCCCCUUGGACUUGGAGAGACUUUCUGAGGGCGGGCGUGCCUUCCUCACUCCCCACACCCGCCAAGUUAAACCCAAGUCAGAGCCCGCAGCGUGGCGAUGUGAGGCGCAGGCUGCCUGAGCACGGUGACAAUGUUAUUCCCGGAAACGGGUGCCUCUCCCCGUCCAGGACGGACAUGCUGACCUUGGGCCAUUGAGCUGGAAAAGCCGCUGGGUUCCCGUGGGCGGCUGGGCUCAGGGGUGAGGGUCUUUCCGAGAACGGGGUGGGGGGCAGCCAGCUGCACUGAGUGGAAUGCACAGACCCCGUGGCUUCACCGAACUGCCUGAGGGGGGUACAAAAAAGGUCCAAACCCACUGCGGAUGUUAUUUCACAAAUGCAGGCUUUUACUUGA